AUGCGGUCUGGUGCCCCUUGCAAUAAGUGCAAGAGUGGCAAACAGGCGGAAGGAGACUCGUGGUGUUUGGGUUGUUCUGGCCAGGAGGUUUCCUUGCAGGCGCUAAAGCGCCGCUGGAACAACCCGGGUCUCAGGGCGAUUGCCGAAGAGACUCUGUUAUCAGGGGCGAGGCUGGUCAAGGCAUUUGCCAACCUUGACUCGAACCUGGUAACAGCGGCCGCUGUGGAUAAGUCUCCACUUGCGGCUGCCAAGUCUCGGCCUGAGCGUGCCCGAUCACGGUCUCCUCGGGACGAUCGACCUCCCAUUCCGCGCAACUUCUCGACGGCCAGGUCGAGUGAUCACCGCGGGCAAGGGGAAGAAGACGAAGAGUACACCUACGCCGAGGAGAGCGAGGAGGAGUACUUGGAGGGCGACAGGCCUGAAGAAGCGGGGGAGCCGCCCCGCCGUGAGGUGAAGGAGGAGGAGCGAAGCUCGGCGAAGCCACCUGAGCCAAAACACCCUCCUAGUGGUCGGCAUUACCCAGAACAGCAAGAGCCAAACGAGAAGAGAAGAGACAAAAAGGACAAGAAAGGAAAGAAGAAGGGCAAAUCUGGAAAGAAGAAAAGGGGUGGCACACGUCACCAACGACAUCAGGGAGAACACCGUUCCACUGGACCGGAAUGGCUGGAUGCCGAAGACGAAGAGGAAGGGCCCGCUGGCUCUACGCCGGGAGAUAUCCGGAGAGCCUUGCGGAGCGCAGACAAGCCCUCCAAGCCAGAGGAGUACAAUACGAUGGAAGCAGCUUUCUGGCGCCACCGCUAUUUGCCAGCAGGUUCAGUGGUUGUAUACCGGGACCCCGAAGUAAUAGCGUCGGACAAGCCCCAGGUGGCCCUGCUGGUCUUAGAGACCGUGCACGAGGCUGGAGGAGUAUGGGCAAAGGUAAAGGUCCUGGGGGCCGAUCGAGAAGAUUCAAAGAAGAGUGCGCAAAAAUUCUUCAAAUCAAAGAAAAAUCGCUUGCACAUAUGCAAGCCCGUGGCUGGUGGCGACUGUCCCGAAGAAGGUCAAUCUGGGCUACAUAUGAGUAUCUUCCACUGGUAUCCACCAGGGGACUUUCAGGCCGACUGGCUUUCACGUCAUGCGCUGAAGUCGGUCGAAGAAGGAAAGAGGCUAUGCCUGGAAGAAGAGCGCAGAGAGCCUGGCAAGGCUUCCGGUCUCCAAGAGCCGGCAACAGCCUCCUUGGCGGGAGGCCAGAGUCCCUCCGCGAUCGAGGAAAGGCUGAGAGCUCUGAAGCGUCCCAGUGCGCUGAAAAGGGUUUCCUUUGCACCUGGCACGGCGUUGCCCAGUUCAGAUGGGGUGCGAGAGCACAGGCGGGAUUCGCCAAGGGGUGGACCUGGAGACCGUGCGGACGGAUCUACGUCGCUGGUGCCAGUGAGUCCCCCAACAAAGAUGGUGAAGAACGAGGUGAUCGACGUGGAUGCAGAAUCGAAGAGGAGGACGAAGAAGGACAAGACCGUGGGCGAGAGCUUGGCAGAAGCGGCAAGAAUGCAGACCUUUGUGGACAAGAAGCCAAAGAAAAAGAGAAGGAGGUCUUCGAGCCACUCCCGAGGCAGAAGGAGCCAUCGGAAGAAGAGACGCAGCUCCAGUCGCGAGUCAAGGAGCGACUCCUCAGAGAAGAGUUCGUCGAGCAGUGCAAGCCUGAUGCCUCCUCUCAGACGGAAGUCACUCAAGUCCCCCGGGACAGUCUUCCGAAUGCUGGAGGAUCAUGUGGCAGAGAGGUUAGCUCAGGACACGACGCUGGGAGACGGGCAAACCGACUCUCUGAACUCCCUCGGCCAAGGGAAGUUCCAUGCGUUUUACCAACUUUGCCUCAAGCCUCAGUUGGAUCCGAAGUCGAGGGACAGCAAGGAAUUGUUCCUUCUGUCACGCUCGCUGGACCUUCUGAAACAGGGCAACCUGGACCAGCUGGCAGAUGUAUUAUCAGCCAGGCUUAUGGCCGUAGAAACAGCGGGCAAACAGGGGUGGAAUACCGCAAGGUAUCUCGAGUUGCUGGACGAGGGCGACGAGUCCAGCGCACCGGCCCAUGUGUUGCUCGCGGCACAAAAACACUGCCGCCUGGUGGAAAAGGCGGGAGGAAAGGGCUCAUGGAGCCGGCAGAGCGGCUGGUACAGCUACGACUGGCAAGCGGAUCAACGGCAGAAAGGAAAGGGCAAGGAUACAAAAGGAAAAGGGAAAAAAGGCAAGAACAAAGGAAAAGGUGGCAAAGGAGCUUGGGCAAAUUGGGGCGACGAGAAGCCGAAAGGAGGAGAGCCGCCAGGAGGGAAGAAAGAUUCGGAACCUUCAAGAAAGGCUCGCCGGUGGGGGGGCGCCACUCAUGGCAACAGAGUGGAUGCUGGUGCGAAGUCACCGUGCAACAUGCCACCUGACCGUCGCGAGCCUGCCUUGGGGGAAGAUGGAGACCCUAUGGUGGCUUCACCUUUGACUGGGGCCUACAGUACAGUUUCUGGCGGAGCUGGCAGUUUCCUGCCUUGCUACCCGCGGAGUCGAGAAUCAUGGCUUGCAGAGCUGGAAAAGUGUGCAACAAUGACCUCAAUGGGGACUAUGCUGGCAUGGGGACUCAUCAAUGGUUUUGCUACAGAGUUGAGUUCGAGUGCCGAGCCACUACGGCCCCCCAAGCGGAAACCGCGCACGGGGGAGCUGUUUCCCCUGCCGGUCAUGCCUCCGCGUAGGGAGGAAUUUCUCGACAAUGACGCCUCCGCUGACAAACUCUCGAGUUUGGCCGUGCGGUCAUGGGUAGCAGUGUGCUGCGCCGCAACCAAUGUGUUGUAUGGUUGCACAACGCAGGGAUUCAACCGGCAGCCUGGAAAAGUGCAUUCCGCAGCUCUUGAAGACAUGGCUGAUAAAAUAGGCAGGUUUCUCACAGGUGAUUCAACCCCCGAAGUUGGUUUUGGUGAGGUGAUCAAGGAUUUGAAGAACAAGAAGGUUAUCGAAGCCUCGAGUCCUUCGAAAGCGUGGUGGCAAAUCUAUUUGGACAACUUCUUCUCCGGCGAAAGGGACCCCACUGGUCAGGGUGAUUUGGGGUUUGAGUUACAACAGAUUGCCAUGCGCGCUUGGGAUCGCGUGGGCGUGUUGUCGGCCGCUGACAAGCAAGUCCUGCGGUCAAAGGAAGUUAUUGAGCUGGGAGUCCGUUUGGAUGGAGUGCAAGGGCUGCUGGGGGCAUCCCCUGCUAGGACCUUGCGCACUAUCUGGGCCUCACUUUAUCUGUUUCAACGCGGGGCCUGGAGCAAGCGUGAAGCCCAAGUAGUGUUAGGCCGUUGGGUCUUCCUACUGCAGUUUAGGCGGGCGGCAAUGGGGUCGCUGUCAAAUUGCUGGCGUGCGAUCGAAAGAAAGUGGCCCAGCAGGUUGGACAUCGAGACCCUUUAUCGGGAACUCUGGGUACUUUGUGGCCUAGCACCCCUACUUCAGACUGAUUUGGAAGCUAAAUAUGAUGGGAUGGUGACAGUUUCAGAUGCUUCGGAGACAGGUGGUGCGGCUGCAGUCAGCACUGGCUUGAGUUGGUCAGGCCAAUCACUGGUGGCGAGCCGUGCGGAUGCCAGGUUGGCACCGCUGGCCUUGCCAAUAGUGAUAGUUUCAUGCUUCAACGGUAUAGGCGGCUCGAAAUUAUUCUGGAAACUUUUAGAGGUUAUUGGACUGGUUCAGAAGGUCUUCAAGCCGACCUGCAAGGUUAAGUUUUGUGUUGAAAAUGUGGCAUCCAUGGAUGAGGAGGCGAGGAUGGUAAUUUCACGGGAAUUGGACGUUUGUCCUAUCAAGCUGGAUCCGGCCGAUUGCAUGCCAAUUAGUCGACCUCGUUUUGCCUGGAUGUCGGAAGAGGUUCACCAAAUGGAUGGGUUGCAGCUCUGGCCGGAAAAGGAAUACGUCCGGGCCUAUAUUAGUGCUGACGCGGCCAUUGAGAACCAUCAGUGGAUACGACCUGGCUGGACCUGGAGCGGCAACCCUUCAACCGAGCGUUUCCCGACCUUCAUGAAGGCGAUCAAGAGACGUGUACCGCCCCCUUAUCCAGCAGGACUUCACAAGGCUUCUCAAACCAUGGUGGAUAUGUGGACAAACGAUCAAUAUAGGUACCCGCCGUACCAAUACAACCCCCGUUACUGGUUAUAUGCGCCCGGGCGGCCUGCCAGGCUGCUGGACGCGUCAGAAAGAGAACUGCUUCUGGGGUUCGGGCCGGGCCACACUGAGCCCUGUCAGGCGGCGUCCCUUAAAAAGAAGAGCCUUCAAGAGCAUGAGGACAUUCGCUGCAGUCUCUGCGGGGACAGCUUUGCGAUGGUCCCGUUCACUGUUAUGGGAGCUGUCUUGUGUCAAGACCUGAUCCCAAGGAUGUCACCAACGCAAGUCCUCCUCCGGCUUGGACUCGCCCCGGGUGCCUCCUGCCAUCCGGACCUGGCAGUGCCUCUUUCACGAUGGCUGGCAUACGGAGCAGCACCUACAACACCUGCGGAUGCGGUCGAGCUGUCGGUUGUGACUGCUGCUCCAAUUCUCAUGCCGCGCGCCUCACCUCGUUUGGUGCUGGCGGGGAAAACCCGUGCCGAGAGGCGUCGACUCCGAGCCGGUAUCAGCCUCAAGGCUAUUUCCAUCUCGCCCAAGACUAGACAGAGGUAUGAGGCAGCAGUCGGUGCGAUCCUACCUUUUCUAGAAGCUCAGGAUGGCUCGUUAUCACUUGAUCAUGUGAUCAGUGAAUGGGUAGAGCUACAGUGGGUUCUUGGCGAGUCAGUCAACACUAUUGCUGAUUGCCUAUCAGGACUGCAUUAUUUUCGACCUGACUUGAAGGGUACACUCAAGCAGGCGUGGAAACUCUUCAGUACCUGGCGACGGGUUGAAUCCCCCUCACGUGCUCCUCCCAUUACGGCAGUUAUUGUGAAGGCCUUUAUCGCGCGCGCUGUGGAGAGUGAUGAUUUGGAUUUCGCUGUCCUGGUGGCGCUGGGGUUCCACAGUCUCUUGCGGACAGGGGAGCUCCUUGCGCUUCAAUAUCAGGACUUUGAGCUUGGGGAGAGCUGUGGGGUGGUUACCCUAAAGAGCUCAAAGACAGGACUCCGUCAUGGCUCUGAAGAGGCCGUUGCAAUACGUGACCGGCUUACGCUGAUGCUGCUGGAUACACUUUUUUCCUGGCAGCCCUGGCGGCCUGGCAAUCGUAUCUGGCCUUUUUCUCCUCAGGCCUUUCGUGAAACCUUCCGCAGAUAUUUAGGUUUCUUUCGAGUAGCAAACCUAUCUUUCAAACCUUAUAGCAUGAGGAGGGGAGGAGCAACUCUUCUCCUCCAGGAGGGGGUUCCCCUGGAUGUGAUCUUGCUCCGUGGAAGAUGGAGAUCUCUGGCAGUUGCCAGAAUCUACCUCGAAGAUGCUCUGGCUCAAAUUCCGCAGAUGCGCAUUCCUCCACCUGAUUUUGAACGUAUACUUCUCCAUGCAAAUCAAUGCCCUCAAACGGCUUUUCAGCCAUAG